AGCUGAAAGUCAUUGCUAUUGAUGAACAGCUGAGAGUCAUUUAUGAGGAUAAUGUUCAUUUUGAUAAAGACCUUCCGGAAUUUAAGCUCUGGAUUUGAUUUUGGAAAAGAUGAAGUCUUUGGGCUUUAACUUCUCACAAGUCAGAGCUCUGUCUGGUGCUGGCCAGCAACAUGGGAGUGUGUACUGGAAAAAAGGAAGUGUCCAAAUUUUGAAGAAUGCAUCAUCCAAACUGCCUUUACAUCAGUCACUAAAGGCUUGUUUUUCUGUCAGUAACAGCCCCAUUUGGAUGGAUUCUAGCACAGCAUCCCAGUGCAGCGCUCUGGAGAAAGCCGUGGGAGGAGCACAGCACCUAGCAAGUAUCACUGGUUCUCGAGCCUAUGAGCGUUUUACAGGAAACCAGAUAGCAAAGAUUUACAGCCAGAAUCCUGAGGUCUACAUGGAAACUGAGAGAAUCUCUUUGGUUAGUAGUUUUGCAGCUUCCCUUUUCCUAGGAGCUUAUGCACCCAUUGAUUACAGUGAUGGUUCUGGUAUGAACUUGCUGCAGAUUUGGAAAAAGGUAUGGUCAGUGUCCUGCCUUGAUGCUUGUGCACCUGGAUUAGAGGAGAAACUAGGGUGUCCUGUACCGUCCCAUUCAGUCCUGGGGCCCAUUUCUCCAUAUUAUAGUCAGCGUUAUGGGUUUAGCCCAGACUGUAAAAUAGUAGCAUUUACAGGAGACAAUCCAGCAUCACUGGCAGGGAUGAGACUUCAAGAAGGAGAUAUUGCAAUUAGCCUUGGCACAAGUGACACAUUGUUUCUGUGGAUCCAAGAACCAACUCCUGCCUUAGAAGGUCAUAUCCUCUGCAAUCCUGUUGAUUCUCAAACAUAUAUGGCACUUUUAUGUUUUAAGAAUGGCUCUCUGAUGAGAGAGAGGAUCAGAGAUGACUGUGCCUCAGGCUCCUGGGAUGAAUUCUCCAAAGCCUUAUCAUCUACUGUUGCUGGAAACAAUGGAAACUUGGGUUUCUACUUUGAUGUGAUGGAAAUUACUCCUGAAGCAGUUGGGAUUCACAGAUUCAAUGGAGACAACCAAAAGGUUUCAGACUUUCCAAAGGAGGUGGAAAUACGAGCGUUGAUUGAAGGGCAGUUCAUGGCUAAGAGGAUUCAUGCUGAAAAACUGGGGUAUAAAGUCAUGCCCAGAACAAGGAUUUUGGCUACUGGUGGUGCAUCUCACAAUAAAAAGAUCUUACAGGUCCUGUCUGAUGUGUUCAACGCACCAGUGUACACUAUCGAUACUGCCAAUUCUGCUUGUUUAGGAAGUGCUUACAGAGCAAUUCAUGGGCUUAUAGCUGAGAUGAAUGUGUCCUUGGCUGAUGUUGUGAAAUUAGCACCGGAGCCCAAAUUGGCUGUUACACCAACUGCUGGGGCUGAGGAGAUCUAUUGUCCACUUCUGAAAAGAUAUGCUGAGCUUGAACAGAAGGUUGUCUGCAACCCAGCGUCCUCUUGUCUUGCAAAAUAGAAGCAAACAAAAUUUAUAAGUUGGCUGAAGAGCGGACUCCCAAGGAGAAGAUCAGAAAAGAUUUGCUCAGAAUUUACUGGAGUUGUUUAAAUCAUUUUGUUCCUCUUAGUAGACAAAUAAUUUUUAAAUGUCUGUAUUUGAGUGUGUUGGUGGAAAAAAUUACAUCAUGAUUGAAAACAUGAUUAAAAAAGCAUCAUAUUGCUCUGUGUGUUUGUAACUUCAGUUUUCCUUAGGUACUUUUUCAGAUCAUUGCUGUUUUGGAGUAGCUGGAUGACAAAGUCAAGUCCCUUGUAUCUAUGAAUCACUCUACUCAUCCCUGUCAGCUCUGAUUAUGCAGUCGGGCCAGCUUUUGCAUACCUAUCUGGCAGAGUAUCUUAAUUCCACAACUUCUGCUUAAAUCUUUUGAGGCUGUCUUUCUGUACAUCUGUAGCUUGUUGAUGUUUAACAUCUCUGCCUACAUGAAACCAACAGACAACAUAAGCACGCCAACAAUCCCAUUUUUCUUUAAUAUGUGGAGAUUUGUGGUAUGAAGGAUGAUUAAAGUCUUUAAAGACUCCAUGAAAUCCUCAGAGAAGGGGAAUUCUUGUUAUAUGACACUAUGGAAAGUCUGUUGUGUGAUAAAACAUGAUGUGUUUGGAUUUUAUAAAUUGUGGAAAGCACAGAGGCCUUAUGUGAUACAGACACCAUUGUACAAUGUUUUACUUGAGAACGGUUUUGUAAAAAGAAAAUGAGGGAACAAACAUGGGAAGUUUUACACAUUUCCUGUCUGUUUCAAAAGGCAGUCAGUUCAUCUGCACACUAGUUUGGGGUUAUUCUGUUUUCCUUUCCUCCUUCAGGUGUUGUGGCUGUAAAAUUUUUUGUGUUGUGCCGAGUGUGAAUGCAGAAGUCAGGCUCUGCUCCCAGCAGGGCAUGAAGGUCAUGUUUUUUGAUACAACCAAUGUCCUAUUUCUUUCUCAGAUAACUCAGCAAUACUGGUUACUGUCUUGCUCUGUUGCUACUCUUUCACUUCAAAUGUUUUAGUCCAGGUUAAGUAGCCUCUAGCUGAGAAAAUCUUAAGAGAAAAUACAAGCCAGAAGAUCUUUCUAGAGAGACAUGUUGGAAGUCACAGAAUUUGAAUGAACAUCCUAAAUCAUCCUGUGCAAGUAGGAACACUUUACUGCACCAUUCUGCAGUGCGGGCAUCUUUCCCUUAGGAUAAAAUUUCUUCUGG